GGCAGUCAAGUGCUGUUUUCGUAGUUUUCGUUGCCUCUUUCUUGACUUCCUAUACAAAACACUUUUACCAACUACGCCGUAGCGUUGAUUUGCGACGGCGCGUCUACGUCUUCUUACGUUCUUUUGUUUUUGAGGUGUGAUUGCACAAACACCCUUAUAUGAUACAGAAAUAUGUUAAAUCGCGUGUGCAUAUAUAUCCGUAUAAUUACGGCGGCACAUGAGUAUUCAUUCACAGCCCAACCACACCGCACGCUCAUUAGUUUAGUACAAAUUGAAAUGCGCGCGCGCCUUCGCUAAUCGUGUAAGAAUUACAUAUCAACCAGAGUGGAUUACAAGUGAAAAUACAUUAUAUGCUUGUGCAAGAGUGUGUGUUCGAUAAAAGCGCAUAGUUGAAUUAGAGGUAAAUUAUCAGCGCGCGGCAAAGAAAGAAGUAAAAAAGGCCACAGCGCGCGAGUCAAUGCAACAGGUGUAGCUGCGCGCUGCUGGCGCUCUGUAUUACUAUUAGUUUUGUUGCUGUUGUUAUUAAUGGUCGGCUUUUUUUUGCAAAGCUUUAUUGUUACCUCAUCGACAAGCAUAGCUGUUGUUGUCGCUGUUUCGUUUUUGCGGGUGCUGAUCGGCGGCGCACGAUUAGUAGUAGUAGCGCGCGGCGCAGCGCGGCAUAGUGCGGUCGCGUUUUGUCCGCUUAGCCAAAUGUCAGGCCACGCCAAGUGUCGUGCGGCUGGCCACAUAGCCGCAUAGUCGCACUGUGGUGUGGAGUGUUGUCUACAUAUAUACAUAUGUACGUUUGAGAAUGUGUUUAGCGAACAACGAACCAGAAGAACCGUAACGAAAAUAAUUGUGUUGUUGAGCGCGCUGGUUUUUUAAGCUGCGAUUACGAAACCGUAAUAAUGCAGUAACAACAACGAAUUACCAAAGCAUGUGAAAAGAAAAAUAAGGCAAGAAACAUAUGUUUAUCAACAUACCAUUGCGAGAAUCAGCAAAAAAUGUGAAAAAAAAUUAAAUAAUAUAUCAAUAAAAUAAAUUUUUCAUAACACAAAACAGCAAUGUGGUUUCUACAUAAACGUAAAAAAAUGCAAAACAACAGUAAAACACCGAAGCCUGUUUGAAAAUGCGCGAAAAGCAGCAAAAAAUACAACGCUGUGUGUCGUAAAGGCGCGUUUAUCAAAACGGUAGCGGCAAGCGCGCCGUAAAAGAUCACACAGUGCUAAAUAUGCAAUUAUAAAACAACAAAGAACAACAAUAAAAGAGUGGAAAAGUGUGAAAAGUGAAAACAAAAGCAUGAUUGGUAAAUGCAACAAACAAGCAAGCAGCAAUAAAAGUGCAGAAAGUGUGAAAUCAUUAAAGCCAAUUUUCAAAUGCCAAACUGUAUGCAAAUAACAAAGGCAAUAACAACAAGAACAGCAAUUGAAACGUUACGUCACAAAUUAUCCGUGUGCAGUCGUGUUGUCGAGCAGACGGUCAAGCGAUCAGGGGCGGUUAGGCCGAUAGGGGCCAUCGAUACAUAGCGACGUUGGCGACAGCAAUGAUGACAGCUACCAUGGCGGCGGCCAAAGAUACAAAUCAAUUGACGCGGACGAAAGCCGGUACUACCAGAAGCGCAUACAACCAAACCAGCCAUCCGAGCAGGCGACAGCAGCCAUUUUACCAGCAACACUCGGCAAUGAAGAAUACAUUCCUAACAACAGCAACAACAAUGCAAACGACGAUGGAGAGAGCGAUAAAUAUUGGUUUUACUGGCUACCUACAGCAGCAGCAGCAGCCUCCUCAUCAUGCAAGCAACGGAGGUGAAAUAAUAAAUGAAAGGUUGCAACAACAAAAACAACAACAACGAAACAACGAAAUGGCCGGCUCGAGCCGUGUUGCCGCAAGUGUCAAUAUCGCUGUUGUUGAUGAUGAGGGCAAUGUCGACGGCAAUGGCUAUGCAGUAUAUGAAGAUAGUGUCGCCAACGUGGCUCCACUACUAACCCCGGCUGCUUCACCUGCUACCCGCAAUGCUAAUUUUCCCAUUGACAGACGUACAGGUGUGACGACGGGCGAUGCGUUGUUGGACGCCGUGGCUGAUGCCGGCAAUGGAGAUGUGGACUUGGACGGGGUCGAGGAAGCUGAUGAUAGUGACUCGUUCGGUUCAAUGGAGACGUUGUCGGACAAUGUUGCCGUUUGGGUGGACGGCGAGAAGCAUUGGGUGGCGGGUGUGGAUGCGGGAACGACGUGUGCUGAUUUGAUUGGCGCGUUGCUUAAUUAUCAAAACGCACAGCAAUUGCAUGAAUUGAAGCAACAACAACAACAACAGCAACGCAUGCGGCAGCAUAUGUUUGAUGUCAACAAAGACAGCAACAAAAACAAUAAUCUUAUUGCUAAUAACAACACAGCCCCCAGCAUCAAUUGUCUUAGUACAAGCAACGCAACAACAACAACAACAACAAAUACAAAUACAGCCAUCAAUCAAUCAACGUUAAUAAAACCAUCAACAAAUACCAAAGAAAAUUGCGAUCCAUCGCUACUCGCGCCUUGCAGCGGUGAAUUGACUAUUGGCGCUUGCCUGUCUUCUCCUCUUCCUCCUCCUCAUAUUGCAGCUGCUGCGGCCACUAUGUCUUCGCUGGCGCUAACUGUUCCGGCUAGUGGUAGCGGCUUCAGUGGUGCUGUUGGCUUAGCUUUGUGUGGCAACCGACUGACGGCUCAGCAUGCCUCGGAGUACGUCAUUGUCAAGCAGCAUCGUCACUGUGAAGAGUAUUUGGACGGCAACGCCAAAGUAUUUGAUGUGCUGCCAACCCAAGAUGGUACCUCAAGGCGGGAGUGCGAAUUGCUACUGCGUCGACUUACUGCCGCAAAUAACCACAGCAACAGCAAUCGAAAUGCAACAUUCACUGCAUUACCUCAUCCAUCCAUCCUUCAUCGCCCCACCUCACCUUCGCUCAAUCUCAAUACACAGGUCUCUUCGUUACUAUCCACGGACAAAGAUAGCGGCAUGGGCAGUCCAGUUGGCAGUUCACGUAGUGCACGGCUUCGUCGGCGUAAAUACAAAUCAGCAGCGACGGUGAGUUGGUUAGCUCAGGCGAAUACAUUACAUCCACGCGUCUCCCAACGUGCUGUUGCUGCAUUCAGUGGGCUUGGCAACGCUAUGACCAACGCCACUACGGUGGGUGGUGAUAAUAGCAAGCACCUCGCUGUCAUGGAUUGCGGUUUGGGUGAGGACGUUGUGACAGCGGGCGCAUUGGAUGAUUUGGAUGGCGGCAUUGAAGGUGGGAAUGAAGGCGGCGUAAGUGCAAAUGAGCGGCUACUAAAAAUUAUUCUAGCGCAGGAUGAAACCAUUCAUCGCCAGUUGGCCCUUUUAAGAGAAAAAGAGCGACAAAUUUCGAAAAUUGAGGAGGAGAAACAUCGUGUCCGCGAGCGUGAAUUGGGUAAGAAUUACCUGCUGGAAACGUACCUGAAUGGACUGGAUGAGGCCAACGUGGAGCCCGAUUUGGAGGCGGGCACCGAUGUGGUAUUGGCCGAUAGUCCGCUUAAUGAAUUCAAUGAUGUUCGCGUUGAUGAUACAAUGGCGCUUGUUGUUGUUGACUAUGAUGAUGCCGAUGGGGAUUGCGCGCGUGAUGGUGGUGAUGUAGAUAUCGACGAACAGUAUGAGCGCAUAACAAAAACAACCAAAGUACAUAAACCAACAGGAACAAAAACAACGAGAAAAGAUGUGCUAACAACCAGCAAAACAAGAGACUUCAAUUUGGACGCACGUCAUUCGAAGAAACUCAGAGGAGACUUCACCGGAGGUGUCGGAGAAAGAGGUCUCCUUUCGCCUAGCGGAAAACCCGAGACAAAUGAGCCACCAUCGGCGGACUGUCAAGAUAACGAGCAAGAACUCUUUUGGCUGGAAAAGAUCUACGCCCUGAACAAACAACUGCAGCGGGAAGAGGAGCUGCUGGUGAAGUUGCAUGCGAAAAUACGAAAACAUCAAGUGAAACGUGCCUACCAAACGAAACGUGAAGUGUUGCAACAAAUUGAGAAAUUGGAUGCCGAGCUGACGUUGCAAUGCUGUGACAUACGCGCCGUGGAGAGUAAAUUACACGCAUCCAAUGAGCAACUAAAACAGAAGCUGGGCGUGUUGGAACGUUUGAGUCAAGAGUUUCUUGCAACAAUGGACACUCCGUUGGCGGGAGAGAGACAAGUGCAGCAGGGAGAUGUUGUAGGCGAGUUGGUGGCGCAAUGUGACAGUGAGGUGGCAGUUAAUCGAAUGCCAGAUAUAAUUAACAAUGAAGACCACAACCAACUUGCAACAACAUUGUUGAAUGCCACAGAGUAUGCGGCGAGGGAGGAAUACUUACAAGUGCCUGUUGAGACAGAGACGCAGGCGACGGCAGAACAGUUAGCCAUGCAAGAAAGUUGUCAGCUCCAACGACAAGAAGAUGUGUGGCACUUGCGUGUGGCAUGUAUGAAGGAGCCACAGACAAGUUUGCAGCCUGAUGCACAUUUGAAUAAAAUAAAUGGAGAAUUAAAUGUAGAGACUGCGAAAAAGACAGCAGCCACUGCAACAACAGCAACAGCAACAGCAACACCGUUAUGGCAUGCAACAAAAUUGUCUGCCUCAAAGUUGACAGCGAACACUUGUGCCCCAUCAUCGUCAACUUCAAGCAUGCUAACGACAGCGACAACAACAAACGCACAGGGAACUCCAAUGGAUGCAUGCAGCGUGCCAGCCACAUCGCCGGUGGAAGAUAAGCAGAACACAUCAACUCUACAGCUUCUUCAGUCGGGGCAGCAACCACAACAACAACAACAACAACAACAACAACAGCAAGUCACACAUCAAGAACAAUUGAUACUACCUCAGCCGCCUGCAGAAGACGACAACCGGGCGCAACGUGUCGAUGCGGAUGACGAGCUCAUCGUCGACGCACUGCCAGCCACUGGUGGCGUGCAAUUUCCGCAAAGCAAUUAUCCAAUUAGUUGCAUUAAUCAAGCGGCAAUACACGCUACCAGCAAACUUGCAACACAGCACAAUAUUGUUGCAGCUGCAACGGACGGACACGGACAUGGCGGGGUGACCUGCGGCGCAACUGGAAGAAGAUUAACUACGCCUGAGCAAACUAGAGACGGAGGCGCCGUAAUAUUGCCAGCCGCCUAUUUAACGACGACAGUUUUACAACAUAAAGAGCAACAACAACAAUGGCAGGACCACCAGCAACAACUGCAAUUAGUCGCACAACAGCAAAAACAACAACAACAACAACAACAACAACAGCAAUUCCAACAUCCACAAUUGUUAUUGCAAACGCAGCACUUUAACUACAUAAAUGCCAGCAACAGCAACAGUCAUAACAACAACAACAACAACAACACCGUUAACAUAAACGACAAGAAUUUACUGCCGCCUUCACAUGUCGCCCACACAAAGACAUUGCAAAAACAAAUGUUUGGUCCGAAAUCUCUUAAUCAACGACCUGCAUCCGCAGCGUCGGCAGCGACGGCAGCAGCAGCAGAGGCCCAGCCAGCUACGCCCAAAAUAAUACACGCACCAACAGCAACAACAACACUAACAAAAACACCUUGCACCUCCAUGGCAACGCCCAAUAGUGUAGGCGUGCUUGGCGUUUGCUUUAGCUCAUCGUCAAUAUUAGCGGCACCCAGCGCGCUCUCAGCUACACCUGUGUUACCGCCGCCUGGAGUAUCGACACAACGCAGCAGUAGCGCUGGCGUUGAUAUCACACAGCUAGGCACAUUGGUCUAAAGAUAACAUUGGGCUC